AUGAAUAUCGCACAGCCCAUCUCAUCGGAGGUGGAGCGUGUUGAAUUCACAUUUCUUUCUGCUAAAGAAAUCCAGACGAUCUCCGUCAAGCGCAUUGAGAAUGAAAGCACGUUCGACAACCUUCUAAAUCCAAUCUCAGGUGGCCUUUAUGAUCCAGCUUUGGGAUCUUGGGCCGAUUCUCCUUGCUCUACAUGUAACCUCAACCAGUCCAAUUGCCCUGGUCAUCCUGGACACAUAGAGCUCCCUGUGCCUGUUUAUCAUCCUAUAUUUCUAGACCAGGCUUAUCGCCUUCUUCGAGCUACUUGUGUCUAUUGCAACGGUUUCCGGUUACCUCCGAAGGAUUUGCACAAAUAUAUAUGCAAGCUGCGCCUGCUUCAGUAUGGCUUGAUCAAUGAGGCCCAUCUUGUAGAUACUGUAGGCGAAAACGAUCUAGCGCUGGACUUGGAUCAUCCAGACACGACAUCCGGUAGUGAAGCUGAAGAAGAGGGAAGAACAUCCAUCGACAAAAUUACACGAGCAAGAGAAGAUUUCGUCCAUCAAUGUCUCCAAGGAAAGAGGCAGCGGAAAAUGGAGACGAAGAAAGGCAAGCACGAAGGCGCUAGCGAGAUGCGCAGAUAUAUCAUCAAAGAUUUUCUGGCGGAAAUAACGAAGAAACGAGUAUGUUCCAGUUGUGGCGGGAUAUCUCCUACAUACCGCAAGGAUCGAUUCGUCAAAAUUUUUGAAAAAUCGCUUUCCGGGAAAGAGAGGGCCAAGAUGGCACAGAAAAGUAUGCGAUGGUCCGACGCACUGGUCCGUGUGUUCCGACAGACAACGUCCAAAAACGACGAAGAUUUCAAUUCAGAUGAAGGUGUCGCUGAUAUAGAAGGUUCUCCUGAUGUGCCGGUUACUUCAUCGAGUGUAACCUCUCCUGAAGAUGUCGAGAUGGUAGAUGUCAGUGCACCAGAUGAAAAACCUUCACAGCGAUAUAUCAGCUCUAUGGAGGUUCGGGCGCGUCUGGUGGAAUUAUUUAAUAAAGAGCAAGAAGUAAUGUCGCUGCUAUACAACGCCAAACCACCAACCCAAAGUUCGGAAAAAGUAACGCCGGAUAUGUUUUUCAUUACCACCAUUCUCGUUCCUCCCAAUCGAUAUCGCCCUGAAGCAAGAACGGGAGAGUCUCAGAUCGCUGAGGCCCAGCAGAACUCUCUUUACAAAUCGAUCUUGCGAAAUUGCAGCAAGAUGGCAACCGUUUAUCAUGCUCUAAACGGAGAGAAGGCAGGCAUAAGUCAACUGCACCAAGCCUGGACAGAACUACAAGAGGGAAUAAAUGCCUUGAUUGACAAGAGUAUGAAUCCAGUUCAAGGCGCAGCCGCGAAACGAAACGAAGAUGGGAUCAAGCAAAAGCUAGAAAAGAAAGAGGGUCUCUUUCGAAAAAACAUGAUGGGAAAACGUGUCAAUUACGCUGCUCGCAGUGUCAUCUCUCCCGACCCAAACAUCGAAACGAAUGAAAUUGGCGUGCCUCCUGUUUUCGCCAAGAAGUUGACGUACCCCGAGCCUGUCACCAGUCACAACUUCAGAGAUAUGCAGCAAGCCGUCAUCAACGGCGUUCAUAAGUGGCCGGGGGCUUUUGCCAUUGAGAAUGAAAAUGGCCAGGUGGUCAACCUCCGAAAUAAAUCUGUCGAUGAUCGGAUCUCCCUGGCAAAUCAACUUCUCGCCCCAACAAGUAGUAAUUCUUCCAAGACCAAAAAUAAGAAAGUUCAUAGACACCUCACCAAUGGUGAUGUGGUGCUUAUGAAUCGGCAACCUACACUUCAUAAGCCUUCUAUCAUGGGUCAUAGGGUUCGAGUCUUGCCUGGGGAGAAAACCAUUAGGAUGCAUUAUGCGAACUGCAACACGUAUAAUGCCGAUUUCGAUGGAGAUGAAAUGAACAUGCAUUUUCCUCAGAACGAAGUGGCUCGGGCAGAGGCAUUACAAAUUGCUGACACUGACCAUCAGUAUCUCUCCGGUACUGCUGGCAAACCUUUACGUGGUUUGAUCCAAGACCACAUUUCCGUUUCUGUGGCCUUGUGUAAUCGAGAUACAUGUUUUUCGAAAGAAGAUUACCAUCAACUCGUCUACAGCGCGCUUCGACCAGAGAGUGGUCAUAUUUUGGGUGAAAGAUUGCAGCUUCUGCCACCAGCAAUAAUGAAACCAGUCAGAAGAUGGACAGGGAAGCAGGUUAUCUCAACGAUACUGAAAAAUAUACAGCCGUCGAACUGUGGUGGCCUUAUGAUGAGACAGGACGCUCAAAUCAAGUCUGAGCAAUGGGGAAGACACUCGGAGGAAGGAACAGUUUUUGUCCAUGAUGGCGAGUUCAUCACUGGCAUUUUGGAUAAAUCGCAAAUUGGUUCCAGCUCUGGGGGUUUCAUCCACGCAAUCCAUGAGAUAUAUGGUCCUGCCGUUGCCGGGAAGCUUUUAAGCAGCUUUGGGCGUUUGCUUACCAGAUACCUGAACAUGAGGGCUUUUUCUUGUGGUAUAGAUGACCUCAGACUGACCGCAGCUGGCGAAUCACUGAGAAAGGAUGCCUUGCGCUCAGCAGAGGCAAUCGGUCUACAGGUAGCUGCCGAGUACGUGUCUUUGAAGGAGAAAAGCGAUGCUUCGGAUCCGCUGCUUCUGGAGCGUUUAGAGGAGGUCUUGCGAGAUGACAAUAAACAAGAGGGUCUCGAUCUGCUUAUGAAUCAAGCUACGAGAGGUGUCACAGACGCCGUUCAGAAAGCGUGCAUUCCUAACGGGCUCGAAAAACCGUUUCCGAAGAACCAAAUGCAAGCUAUGACGACAUCAGGAGCCAAAGGUUCAAGGGUCAAUGCCUCGCUCAUAUCAUGCAACCUCGGCCAACAAGUCUUGGAAGGUCGGAGAGUUCCUCUAAUGGUCAGUGGCAAAUCGUUGCCAUGUUUCAGGCCUUUUGAAACUCAUGUCAGGGCGGGAGGCUUCAUCAUUAAUCGAUUUCUCACCGGCAUCCGCCCCCAAGAAUACUACUUCCAUCACAUGGCUGGGCGGGAAGGUUUAAUUGAUACUGCCGUAAAGACAUCUCGUUCCGGAUACCUGCAGCGAUGUGUCAUCAAGGGAAUGGAAGGUCUCACAGUCGCGUAUGAUACAACUGUUCGUGACGCGGAUGGCUCUGUGAUACAAUUUCUGUACGGCGAAGAUGGCCUUGACGUUACAAAGCAGAAGUAUUUAUCUGAUUUCAGCUUCAUCUUGCAGAAUGUAACGUCUGAAGCAGCCCAACUGAGAUACGACCCAAAAAUAGGAGAGCGCCUUGGUUCAAAACGAGCUGCCUUGCUAAAGUACAUGAAGAGUGCGGUCAAACAUGCGAAAGUCCAUGAUCGGAAUGGCAAAGACCCCUUGGCGGCGACUUUGAACCCCUCCACCAAUGCAUUCGUGACAUCGGAGGCUUUCUACGAGGCGAUGACGAACUAUUUGAACCAGAACCCCGAAGGACUUAUUCGAGAGAAAAACGAUAAGAGCAGCCAGUAUCUUCCACAUGUCAACUUGAGCAAAAAAAACGCCGAAAUGUUAUUCGCAAUGAAGUAUCUGAGGUCUUUGGUGGAGCCUGGAGAGGCCGUCGGCAUUGUUGCAGGACAGUCAGUCGGCGAACCAUCGACUCAAAUGACUCUUAACACUUUCCACUUGGCAGGACAUUCGGCCAAGAAUGUGACAUUGGGUAUUCCGCGACUUCGAGAGAUAUUGAUGACUGCCACUCGGGAGGUUUCGACACCGUCCAUGUCCCUGUAUCCCAUUCCUGAACUCGGUUUCGACGCUGCCGAGAUAUUCGCAAAAUCCAUCAGUGUCUUGCGCUUAGGUCAAAUCCUUGAUACCGUCUCAGUUGAAGAAACCGUUGGCCGUGGUAAAAUCUAUGGCCUUGCCAAGAUUUAUACUAUCAAAUUGAAGUUCUUCCCUUCAGACGAGUAUUCUACGACUUAUGCUAUACGCAUUUCCGAUGUCAUGGACACUAUAGAGCAGAAGCUAUUGCGAACUUUACUAUCCAUCGUCAAGAGAGAGGUCAAAAAGAGGCAAGCGCAAGAAACCAGUGCAACACCUGACAUCGGAGUGAAAGUUGGAGUCAUAGAAAUGGCAGCGCCGCAAUCCCAAUCCGAACCUCGCGGAGAAGAAGUUGACGACGAUGAUGGAGACGAAGAUGCAACAAACGCCAAGGAGCGAGGGAAUCGUUCUGAAUUGGUUUCAUACGGGCCGAACGAUGAAGACGAUGACGCGAUUCAACAUCAGAUGGCGAGAGACGAAUUGAAUGAAGAUAGCGGAGACGAUGAUGUCGGUGAGCGUACCAACAAGACGACAGCAGCGGGAGAGGACGAUUAUGGGGACGAUGUGAACGAUAAUAAGGCACCAGCCUUGUUUGCCAAGAGCAGGUCAAAUCGUGUUCGCGACACAUACGCGGAAGUAACAGACUUUCGGAGCGACGAGCAGACUGGAGCGUGGUGUAACGUGACUCUGGAAUUUGACUCGGGCAUUCCGAAAGUUCUCAUGCUCAACAUUGUCCAUGAAGCAGUACGAAAGACUGUCAUCCAGCAGAUCGCUGGUGUGGGUUCUUGUACAUUGGUGGACGAAAAGGGUGAGCGAGUGAUUCACACAUCAGGCGUGAACUUGCGUGCUAUGCAGAGAUAUAGCGACUUCAUCGACCCCCAUCGCAUACAGACCAACGACAUCGGUGCCGUUUUGUCCGUCUACGGGGUAGAAGCCUGUCGCAACAACAUCGUCAGGGAACUUUCCGGGGUUUUUGGAUCUCACGGAAUUCAAGUGGAUAAUAGGCAUCUAAACCUUAUUGCCGAUUACAUGACAAGAAAUGGGGACUUUACGGCGUUUAGCAGAAUGGGACUGAAAGGCAAUGUGAGUCCCUUUACGAAGAUGAGCUUUGAGACAACCCUUGCGUUUCUGAAGGAUGCAGUGCUGGAUGGAGAUUGGGAUGAUCUCACAACACCAAGCAGUCGCCUUGUGAUGGGGAGAUUGGGCAUGGUCGGUACCGGAUGCUUCAGAGUCCUGACGCAACUUCCGACUCAUUAUAUAGAUUCAUUGGCUUAA